ACGUCUGUCCCCGAGGCUCCGCCCCUCCCCUGAGCCGCGGCCUCAAAGAGUGCCCAACAGCGGGGCGCUCUGGCCUGGGGCUGCGCGAGCGCGGAACCUGUGGCUGGACACCAAGAUGCCGGGCGAACAGCAGACAGAGGAGGAGGAGGAGGAAGAGAUGCAAGAGGAGAUGGUGCUGCUGGUGAAGGGUGAGGACGAUGAGGGUGAGAAGUAUGAGGUGGUGAAACUCAAGAUCCCUGUGGACAACAAGGAGGUCCCGAUGGAGGCGCCAGCGCCGUCUGCCGACCCGGCGCGCCCACACGCGUGCCCAGACUGCGGCCGCGCCUUUGCGCGCCGCUCCACGCUGGCCAAGCACGCGCGCACGCACACGGGCGAGCGGCCUUUCGCGUGCACAGAGUGCGGCAGGCGCUUCUCGCAGAAGUCGGCGCUGACCAAACACGGCCGCACGCACACCGGCGAGAGGCCCUACGAGUGCCCCGAGUGUGACAAGCGCUUUUCGGCCGCCUCAAACCUGCGGCAGCACCGGCGUCGCCAUACCGGCGAGAAGCCGUACGCAUGCCCGCACUGCGGCCGCCGCUUCGCGCAGAGCUCCAACUACGCACAGCACUUGCGCGUGCACACGGGCGAGAAGCCGUACGCGUGCCCGGACUGCGGACGCGCCUUUGGCGGCAGUUCGUGCCUGGCGCGCCACCGACGCACGCACACGGGCGAGCGGCCAUAUGCAUGCGCCGACUGCGGCACGCGCUUCGCGCAGAGCUCGGCGUUAGCCAAGCAUCGGCGUGUGCACACAGGCGAAAAGCCGCAUCGCUGCGCCGUGUGCGGCCGCCGCUUCGGCCACCGCUCCAACCUCGCGGAGCAUGCGCGCACGCACACGGGCGAGCGGCCCUACCCCUGUGCCGAGUGCGGCCGGCGCUUUCGGCUCAGUUCGCACUUCAUCCGCCACCGUCGCGCGCAUAUGCGGCGCCGUCUCUACAUUUGCGCUCGUUGCGGCCGGGACUUCAAGUUACCUCCUGGCGCCACGGCCGCUACUACCAUCGAGCGCUGCCCGGAGUGCGAGGGUAGCCGAGCCGCCGUUCUCGUUGCUACGGAUUGCCAGCCUCCUGCUGGAUGUGCACGCUGGGGAGGCCCCGCCCCCGAGGGGCUGCGUUAAUCUGGACGACUCCCCGCCCUGCCACACAGGUCCAGAAAGGGUGGGAUGACCAGCUUGGCUGCCUUGGACCCCGGAGACAAGGCGAAUCCCCUACCGGGUCCCUGGAAACCUUGCCCACUCCCCUCUCACUACAAACCCUCGCCUUGUGUUAGUGAAUAAAGUAUUAUAUCCUCA